AUGUCAACAGAAGGCCUGCAGCAGAUUGAGCGUGCCUUUUUGUGUUCGCCCCGUCAACCCCGACGUCCUUUGCCAUCAGAAUUUCCACCUACACCUGCUUCUUCGUCACCUCAUUCUCGUCGAGUGAAGCGAUUAUUACUAUCAGCAAUGACACCAACACAAAAUUCGUGGAGAAAGCAGAAGAGGAUCCGAGAGCAAAAGAAAAAUGAAUUGAUUGAAGAUGAAGCUGCGGCAAGAACAAUUUUAAUGCUGAGUUCAUCAUUGCCCUCUUCCUCCUCCACAACUCGACAGCAGCAUACAGCAGCAUUCGCGCCAACGCCAUCCUCUUCCUUACCGCCACAUGAUACUGCCAAGAAUAGUACAAGCUCGGCAGAGUCUGUAUCUUCUCAAGAGGAAUCAAUAGAAACACCGUCAUCUCUGCAUAUGUAUAAGAAUUUCGAGCAGCCACAUCCUGCUGAUGACAUUUUCGAUGCCGUCUCAAAAGUUCCCAACUACGAGGAACGUAGUAGAUAUAUUGGACAGGCAUUGCGGCAAUCACACAAUGAGAAUACUGAUAGAGACUACCAGCAUCGUCUGCAACCACCACCCCCACCAGCCAUCAGCGACGAUCAUGGUCAAAUCCAGCACAAUAGGCCAUUACCACCUCCUCAUCUCCAUAACCGGUAUCCUCCAACAUCAAUGCAGUACAAACUGCCAUCUCCACCAAUGUUUGGGAGACCUUUAUCCGAAGACCCAUUCAAUUCGAAGCCAAUUAUCCAUGAAGAUGCGUCUUCCUAUCGCCACUCUAGAUCUCCUCCAUCUUUACCUUAA